AUGGAUACACGAACAAUCACAGCAUGCUUAGUCUCAAACUCGCCUGCCAAUGGGUUUGUGGAUGUCAUCAUCAGAGAACCCUUCGAUCAGCAAAACCUGCUUAUCCGCUCCAAGAAAUUCUUUCACAUUGACGCCAACAUCAAAGAAUGCAGAAUCACGUUGUCGCACACUGAAGAACAGAAUGAUCAAUUCCAACUUAUGAUCUUAUACGAUCACGAAUUACACAGAAAGCACAAUUGCCCUUACCUCGCGUACAAAUUCAUCGAUAAAUCCAAUGUUGAUGAUCUCGGAAGGGAAGACUAUAUGGUGGUGAUGAAAGCAAUAGACAUAAUCACUAGUGUUAGUACUGUGCUAUUCCUUCUUGCCCAGCUCUCCUUUUGGGUGGAAGAAGUCCAUUUGAGAGGCAUGAGAACUAUGGACACGAAUGUCGACAGCAAGGAGUAUGAAGAACACAAAGUCCUUUUCAGCAGCGAAGAAGACAUGAAGUCUCACGAACAGCGAAUGCAAGACGAGAAGCAAAAUAUUGCAGUGAAAGUGACUUUGGAUGGCUUCCCAGAUGGCAGAGAUGACACAUGGACCACAUUUGGGACAGGCGAGGUCAUCAAACAGAAACCACAGACUGAGCCAGAUUAUGGCAGGGUGGUAAUGGUCCUGAAGAAGUCGGAAGAUAAUGGCAGAAAACAGCUUGAGUCGCUAGACAAUUUCGGCCAGCAAUGGUUGGGUGAUGUAUUUAAUCUGUGGACAAAGAUUGAAGUUUCAUCAUCACAUUUUGUCAUGGGUGUAAACUUUAGAUUUCCAGAGGCAUCCAAAUGGCGCACACAACUUGAAAUAUUAGCAAUCGCUGUGAGCUUGAUCUUGAAUCAUACCUGA